AUGAAAUCCAGCGGUAAACCAAAUAUCACUCAUCCCAUUCCCAAAGCUGCCAUGGUAACGGCGCUGCGCAAGCUUCACGCGGGUAAAGUUCGGGAGGACGGGAGGGUUGAAAUUCCCAACUUGGAUGGACAUGCUGCCCACAACGAGGUGCAAGAAGAAACGUCGGAAAUAAUCAGUUUCGACGAGUCAGAUGAUGUGACUCCAUCGAAGUCCAGCCUCUACUUCUUGAUUUCCAAUGAGGGGAAUCAGAACCUCUACGUGUUGCAUGCAAACCUGUGGCUGUACUUCAAGCUGUUGCCAGGUACUCAGGAGAAAGGACUGCGGCGGAAGGUGACGGUGAGAGUGCACUACUAUGAGCCUGGAGGGCAGAACGUGCACUGGCCCAUGAUGGAAAAACGUGUGGAGUUGAAGCGCAGUGGCUGGCACACCUUCCCUGUGUCCGAGGCCGUACGGGAAAUGCUGGCAAAAGGGGGUCGCCGACAAGACCUCGACAUUCACUGCGAUGGCUGCGAGGCUGCCAACGUUCAGCCCAUCCUGGUGGACCCAAACGAUCCCUCACACCGACCCUUCCUGGUGGUCCGCGCCCAGCAGGCAGACGGGAAACACCGUAUCCGAAAGCGGGGCCUGGAGUGUGACGGCACCCAUGGUGGUUUGUGCUGCCGACAGCAGUUUUACAUUGACUUCCGGCUCAUUGGCUGGAACGACUGGAUCAUCGCGCCAGCAGGGUACUAUGGGAACUACUGUGAAGGCAGCUGCCCAGCUUACUUGGCAGGAGUUCCGGGCUCUGCCUCAUCAUUUCACACGGCAGUAGUAAACCAGUACCGCAUGAGAGGCAUGAGUCCUGGUUCAGUCAACUCCUGCUGCAUACCCACCAAACUCAGCACCAUGUCCAUGCUCUACUUCGAUGACGAAUACAACAUCGUCAAGCGUGACGUGCCUAACAUGAUCGUGGAGGAGUGUGGCUGUGCCUGAACGGAAAAAUCCACGUUAGGACAUGUUACGAAGGCAGUGACAGUCAUAUUUAUGGUCUUUUUGAACCACAUGCAUAUAAAUUGUGUUAAUAUUUGUGCACUCACAAAGAACAAUCACACACACGUUAGUACAAAAAGGCUUUGGGAUGGUAAGGGAAAGGGAACACCACAUGGUUUUUCUCUAGUUUGCCAUUUCUAGACUUAAAAAAAAUGUCUCAAUACUUUCCUCUCCAACAGCAAAAAGGAGACAACCUGGUAUCACACUUUGACAUAAGUACUUAGAGACUGUUGUACAAGCACUGACAUAUCUCCUACUUCAGAACACCAGCACUUCAACAGCUUGUUUAAGACAAUACGACAAAUCAUUCCUGCUGAUGUGGAGAUUUCCAAAUCAGUGUGUCAUCUUCCCAGUCGUUCCCCAGAGGCAUUCCCACAGUAAUUCCCACGGUUGUCUGCGGCAUUGUUAAAUCUGUUGUGAGGCUUCUACUCAAACUGUAAGCACCUCUGGACAAGAUCAUCUUGAAACUAAAACCACUUCUGCCAUUCUGCUAAUAUGUGCACAUCUUGAUUGUAGCAGACCGCAUAACUAGAUCUUGAGGUCUAACCGGUACAGCGCAAACUUCACCGCUUCCUUCAUCUGCACACUUCAGUGGCUGACAAAUGCUCGAGCGGUGUGCGUUCCGCGGAGCCGCUUCCAUUCUGUCCAGCUGGUUUACAGGGAGUACAGCACUUGCGAAAACUCUCGAAAUGCACAAUUUAAAGCACUUGCAUAUUGCAAAGCCUUCAAAAGGGUACAUAGAGGUGGACCUACCCUUGCCCAUAGUCCUUUUAAUAUAAAGUGCCGCACGAACUAUGCAAUGUAUAGUAAUCCUGAACUAUGUAAAAAAAAAAAACAGAAUUCUUCUUUCUGAUUGUCUUUAACUCUUUAUCAAUACUUGAAAUGUGAUCUUUCGCUUGCUUUCCAAAGCGGAUGAUUGUUACGAUGUUUGCACUGAAAAGUUGCGGGAUUAGUUAAAAGACAAAAAAAAAAACAUCUGCCAUUGAAAAUGAUAUUUUUGUAGUAAAACUGAAUUUUGUGUAUUGUACCUAAUGAAUUGUACCAAAGAGGCCAAUAUUUUAGCUAUUACAAUAAGGUGGCAAGGCCAUUCCAAUAUUUGUAAAAUAAUUAUUGAUACUUCUCAAGAGGCCUAAUAAUCAGGGUACAACAUUAUGGAUUCCAUUUGUAGCUCUGUCUAAUUUUUUAUACUAUGUACAGAAAACUGAUGAACACAAUCUCUUCCUUGUCUUUAAUUUUCCAGUCUACUAUUUAAUAAGAU